UGGGAGGAAAAGAUGUAUGUAACAUGGAGGGAGGAAGAAUGAAGCUCAAGAGAUUGGAAAAAUAGAGAGGAAGAAAGGAGUUGAUGCUUCUAUUUCUUAGGUGUGAAGUGGAAAAAGAGAAGUGAAUGCAUAAUGAAGGAUCUAUCUAGUAUCUAAAAAUAAAAAUAAAAACCAACUUUCCCUCCCUAAUACCCUAUAGCUAUUAUGAGGCCUUGGUCUCGCAAUCUACGACGACGUGCCUCCGCAUUCCAGACAUAUGGGCUUCUUAAUGGGAUGAUCGACGACUAUAUAAGACCUCGAUUGAAAAUGGUAAGGUGCUCAUCGCUCCUCGUAUGCUCAUUUUCUCCUUCCCUGUACAAUUUAAUUCACCACUAAGAUUUUCAAUGUCUGUUGAAAUUAUAGUAAUCUACAAUCAUGAGAUAAUUUUUGUUGGUGAAGGUAUGGUUGGGCUUAGUCUACUGCGGAGGAUCCAUGGUAUAACGCCUUAGUUGGUCAGCCUUUGACACUUCCCUACGACUUACCCAAUUCAUCUUCUCUAACUCCGACAGUCGUAAGCGUGUUCAUCGUGUGUCUCCUUGGAUCUUGCAUAGAUUCUUGAUUGAGAUGCUUUCUUGAUGCUCGCCUUCUACUGAAAAUGUUGCUUCUCUAUGCCGAGUUCCAUUUUGGAUUCAAUUACGAAAGGUUCUAACAGAGGGUCAUACGAUUAUGAUGGCUAGAUGCUUGAGUGUUGCUCUGGGCACAAAGAGGACACGUUGGCAAAAAGAGAGAGGGUGUUUACCUUCAUGCUUGAGUGGUGAUGAAUGUCACUCUACCUCUCCCAAUAUUUUGUAAAUGCCUCUCACGAGAACCUUAGUAAAGGUUCCUUCAAAGCUCUUGUGCUAUUUGAAAAUUUACCCUUUUAUGUUUCUGUUGUGGCAUGGUGGGAUACACGAGCCUCUCGGUGUGUUAUGACUACUGAUUUCAUUGGGAAGAACCUGUCGUAUGUGAAGAGUCUCCUAUCUUAUGAUAUGGUCCAUAGGUAGAUGAAGGCACCCUCCAAAGGAACUACUCAGCUCACACAAAAUGGACUUCUGUUUAGGCAUCCACCUCAAGAACUAUUUGGCAUGGACAUUUUCAUCCACCUAAAAAUGUAGUUCUUCAAAAAUUAUGAGAAUUCAAAAAAAUAAAAAUUCAUGACAUUCGGAUUGCGGAGCACAAAGUUAUAGUCUUUAAAAGUUUGCCGAAAUCGAAAAUUGCUCGUUCGGGGUAGCAAACGACAUUUUUUUGGGGAUGAAGGCUCGUUGCGGAUCGAAAGAUCUUGCAAAGUUAUGUGGAAUAAAAAAAAAAUCGCUACAAUCGGAUAACCGAGCGCAAAGUUAUGAUCUUUUGAAGUUUCAGUGUUAGGUUAGGCAUUCACCGCGACCAUCAAUCGAGGUGAUGCAUUCACCGCUUUCGUCUGCCAUGCAUUCACUGCGGUUGACGACCGCAAUGGUGCCCAAACAUGUGUAUUUUGGUAAUUUUUAAAAAAAUAUGUGCAUCCCAAUUUACUGCCGUUAACGACAGCAGUGAUGCUAAACACGUGUAUUUUGGAAAAUUUUUAUAAAAUGUGUGUAUUUUGGUUUUUUUUUUAAAUAGGUGUAUUUUGGGAUUUCUACCUAUCAAUGCGCCGAUUCCCCUGUAAAAAAAAAAAAGCGCCGAUUCCCCUCUAGCUCUACUGUUCAGAAUUUGAAGCGAAGCAACCAAUUUCACUCCACUGUCCUCCCCGCCCAUCAUCUCCUUCACCAAUCACAUUCCUAUUCUCCUUACCAAUAAACCAAGCAAUUUCCCUGUCUCAAACGCAAAAUCCUUAACUACCCCUCCAAUUCCACAAUCUUAAGUUGCUCGCAAGCGUAGAAGUUGAAAAAAUACUGCCCGAUGUUUCUCCGAGAAAUCUAGGGUUUUGUACUUACUGCCGGUGGUGUUCCCUUUCUGUGCCUCCUUUCAGCUCAGGUAUUCACUAGCCCCCUCCCUUGUUCCUGCAUGGAAGUAAGGUACUUGCAGAAACCAACUGCAUCUUCCAUAAAUUGCUCUCGUUUCAUCUGUUUUAUUCCUAGUUUUUUCAUUGUGAAUUCCUAGAUCGGCAAGAGGAAUUAGGCGGAAUUCAUUGUUGUUUUCCUUUUCCGAAAUAGCUUUGUCCGAAACCAUGUGAAGAAAUUAAGUUGAGCUGUGUUGUUUCUUUGUUUCCUUGUCUGAAUGUUCGUUUGUUCUUAGUACCAUUUGUUUUAAACCGAUAUUCAAUUAGGUUCGUAACUGGGGAAGCUAUUAGGUCAUGUUUCGCGUAGUCCUUCGUGUAAUGAGAUUAUGAACGUUCUUAGUUGAUUCGUGUGAUUCAGAGUUAAGUAAAUGAUACAUUUAGAGCAACCCAUACUUCGUUUAGCCAGGGUUCUUUUCGGAUUACCCAUUUAGUCAGAUUGGCUCUCUCAUCUCCCCUUCUAUGAAAAAUGGUUGCUUUCUUGCUUUCUUGUGCUAGUCUGCUGAUCUGUUCAAACAUUUAAUUGAUUCUCUUGCAUUUUGUUUCUUUUAUCGUCAGUACCCAUCGUUAGAAGAUUUGUGUUCUGUUUUGGGUUCUUGUUGAUUAAGGUGUGAUGGUUGCCUUUUUCUGUCUUGCUUCUAUUUCUUUGUUAGUCUGUAACAUAAUGAGAAGAAACUUUAGCCGUUUCUGUAUUCAGCUUAUUCUUCCAUCUAUGGUCCCCCUUCUUUUUUGCUCUUAUUAGAAUGUCCUUGGGUUGAAAAGCUUGCUGUAUUGGUAGGAAAACUGUUGUAUCGUGAAAAUAAAUUGUUGAGAACUUCUGCACUAUUAUAAUUAAGUCAAUUCCUGCCUAGGAUAAAUUUUAAUUAUAAUUCUGUGUGUUGCAGUUUAUUGCUUGUUGCAUACUCUAUUAAUGAUGUGGGUUGGUGUUUAUGUCCAGGAUUACUUCGAGAUGGCUUUUGCAUCGCAAGCUCACCAAAUAUCCUUGAAGCUGUGGCCUCCAAGUCAGAGUACGAGGUUAACACUCAUUGAGCGAAUGGCGAAGAAUCUUACUACACCAUCCACGAUUUCGAGAAAGUAUGGCCUGUUGAGCAAAGAAGAAGCUGAGGUGGAUGCCAAGCAAAUAGAACAACUGGCAUUUGAUGUUGCAAGCCAGCACCAUCAGAAAGAAGCCGACGGUGAUGGAAGUUCUGCAGUGCUACUGUAUGCCAAGGAAUCUAGCAAGCUUAUGCUGGAGGUUCUUAAACGUGGUCCUAGAGUGACGGAGGAAGGAGCAGAUAUAUCUACUGAAAAUGGUAGAGCUCCCCAAGGAAGUGUUUUCGAUAUCUCCGGUGGUGAAAGGGCAUUUAUUGAAGCCAAGGAGGCUGAGGAUCUUCUCAGACCGCUUAGUGAACCAGGAAAUUCAUUUAAUAGAAUAUGUUUCAGCAACAGAAGUUUCGGCUUGGAAGCAGCCCUUGUGGCAAACCCCAUAUUGUCAUCCAUGAAGCACCAAUUAACAGAAGUGGACUUAUCAGAUUUUGUUGCGGGAAGGCCAGAGGCUGAAGCACUUCAAGUGAUGAAUAUUUUCUCAUCAGCACUUGAAGGGUGUAAUUUGAGGUAUCUGGAUCUUUCAAACAAUGCUCUGGGGGAAAAGGGUAUCAGGGCAUUUGCGGCGCUCAUUAAGUCGCAGCACAAUCUGGAGGGGCUUUAUUUGAUAAAUGAUGGCAUCUCCGAAGAAGCGGCGGUAGCAGUUUCUGAGUUACUUCCUUCCACUGAGAAGCUGAAGGUGCUUCAGUUUCACAACAACAUGACUGGAGAUUUAGGUGCUCUAGCUAUUGCCAAGAUUGUGAAACGUUCUCUUCUAUUGGAAGAUUUUAAAUGCUCUUCAACAAGGGUGGAUGCAGAAGGUGGUGUUGCUCUAGCUGAAGCUCUUGCGACAUGUACUUGUAUGAAGAAGCUUGAUCUUCGUGACAACAUGUUUGGUGUAGAAGCUGGAGUUGCUCUUAGCAAAGCUCUAUUGGCUCUCACCGGGCUUACUGAGGUUUACCUGAAUUAUCUUAACUUAGAGGAUGAGGGCACAGAAGCGAUUGCCAAUGCACUGAAAGAAUCUGCACCUUCUCUUGAAGUUCUGGAUAUGGCUGGCAACGACAUUACUGCAAAAGGUGCUUCUUCCUUGGCAGGAUGUAUCUUGGCUAAGCAGUUUCUCACCAAGUUAAACCUAGCCGAGAAUGAGCUGAAGGAUGAAGGUGCUAUCUUGAUUGCUAAGGCUAUAGAAACAGGGCAUGGCCAGUUGAACGAAGUCGAUAUAAGCACAAAUGCAAUUAGAAGAGCUGGAGCAAGAUUAUUGGCACAGGCUGUGGUGAAUAAGCCUGGAUUUAAGUUGCUCAAUUUGAAUGGUAAUUUCAUAUCCGAUGAAGGGAUUGAUGAAGUGAAGAAGAUAUUCAAGAGUUUGCCAACAGUUCUUGGCCCCUUGGAUGAGAAUGAUCCUGAAGGUGAAGAUUUUCGUGAGGAUGGCGAUGAUGGCGAUGAGGAUGAUGAACUGGAGUCAAGGCUCAAGGGGUUGGAGAUCAAGAAUGAUGUGUGAUAUUGGACUUUCAUUUCGAAAAAUGCAUCUAGCUAGGUAACCUUCUCUAAAAUCUUCUUUUGAGAACCCCUUCUCUUUUGUUUAGGCUUGUCCAGCUGCAUUACCUCAAUGUAGAAGCUUUCUUUAACUGCUGCAGCUUAGGUCUCAAUGGAAGUGUGAAUGUAUUCUAUCCAGGAGUGGACAUCUGAACGUUUGAGCAGUACAGCCUGUAUUCGCCUUGGUAUUUUUUGUAUGAUUAUGGUAUUCAGUAAUCAAUGUUGUACUCUACUAUGUUUCUUUGUCCAGAAUUCUGUGUUGGUUUUUCGUAAGGCUCUAUGUACUCUGUGAUUUGCCGUCAAAUUUUGAAGUUCUAACAAUUCGUAGCAACAUACUGCUUUAUUUUCGUAUUUCCACUACAAACUGGGACUCUUCAACCAAUGCAUAUUAGGCUUCCGUUAUUACUUAUUAUCAUAAUAUCAGCUCUGGUUGUUCAGACACAGACAUGGAUGUGCUGAAAGUGUGUUUGGCUGACUGAUUUCCUAAUUCAUGGAUUUUGAGUAGCAGAUGGGUUUGGGGACUAGAUUCAGGAAAGGUGGACUUUGAAUCCCAUUUAUUUGGUGGAUAUGUGGAUUGUGUAAUGGUUCCUGUAAUUACUAACUACAUGGGAAGCAUCAAAAGAAAUUGCUUUACAUAUG